AUGGCGUUGCCGUCUGGCGAAAAGAGACGCAGAGACGAUCGCAUUGGGUACGUGCGCCACCUCAUGCAGCUAUACACUGGCGCUAGCGGGCGCGGCGAUCACGUGCAGAAGAACUAUCAGCCACUGGAUGGUCCGGAGGGUGGGGGAUGGCUGUGCACGCUAAGCGUGCCGCGUUACUCCAGCGCCACGUAUUCUGGCGUCGGCAAAAACAAGAAAGAAGCACUGGAAGCUGCGGCAUCUCAUUGCGUUCUCCACUUUGGAAAGAGAUGCUUUGGCUGCCAAAGAGGAGAGGGCCAAGAAGAAGUCCAGAAAAUGUUGACAUGUCUUAUUGUUUGCUUGGGCGACCUUGACGUCUGCCGCAAUGGCGGCGCGGACAGUUUGCAUGAAGCGGCUUGGAAGGUCGCUGAUAUGCCAAAGUUGGGCCAAGCUGCGGAAGCAGCGCUGUGGGUCUUGCACAUACGGGAGGGGUUGUUGGUCCAAAUCCCACCAAACGUCUCACUGUGCAUUGCUUGA